GAAAGGGGUGGAAACUGGGUUAUUAAACGAAUCUACUCCGUGUCUGCGCCAGCCAGAAGGGAAGAAUCAUCCAGCAUCCUGGGAAAAUGUGACCCGACAAUCUCUUUCCAUCUUUCGCCGCCCGAAAGUUUUUCCCCAAAAAUAAUUGUGUAUGGCGACAACCCAAUUCAACUCAAUCCGAAAGCGAUCUCCAACUCCAAGCCCUUAUCAUUCAAACUCUCUUUUAAACACUAGCCCUUCUCCAAUCUCCCACUACUCCCAAGCGUCCCAUAAUCUCUCCCAAUGGCCACUGAUGCUUCCCCUAAAUUCCAGAAUUCAGAUUUCCGUGCGGUCCCUCAAGCCCCUGAUUACCUCCACCCGGAUGUCACCGUUUCAUCCCAUGAUGGCCUCGAGUUCUGGCAGUACAUGAUCGCCGGUUCCAUCGCCGGCUGUGUCGAGCACAUGGCAAUGUUCCCCGUCGACACCCUCAAGACCCGUAUGCAGGCCCUGGGCGCCUGCCCUGCCAAGACCGUUGGUCUCCGAGAUGCCCUUGGCUCCAUUUUGAAGCACGAAGGCCCUCUUGGCCUCUACCGUGGCAUCGGUGCAAUGGGUCUUGGUGCUGGUCCUGCGCAUGCUGUUUAUUUUUCCGUCUACGAGGUCUGUAAAGAGUUAUUCUCUGGAGGGAACCCCAAUAAUUCUGCUGCCCACGCUGUCUCUGGGGUCUUUGCUACGGUUUGGAGUGAUGCCGUCCUUACUCCAAUGGAUGUGGUGAAGCAGAGAUUACAGUUGAGGGAUAGUCCUUAUAAAGGGGUGUUAGAUUGUGUUAAGAGAGUAAUGAGGGAAGAGGGGCUUGGCGCGUUUUACGCUUCAUAUCGGACUACUAUUGUGAUGAAUGCCCCGUUUACUGCCGUUCAUUUUGCGACAUACGAGGCUGCCAAGCGGGCGUUAAUGGAGAUAUCGCCAGAGAAUGCCAGCGAUGAGAGCCUGGUAGUUCAUGCCACUGCAGGAGCAGCUGCUGGGGCUUUGGCUGCUGGUGUCACGACUCCUCUUGAUGUUGUCAAGACCCAGUUGCAGUGCCAGGGCGUCUGUGGAUGUGAUAGAUAUGCCAACAGCUCAAUUGGCAGUGUCAUAAAAACCAUAGUAAAGAAGGAGGGAUAUUCUGGUCUAUUGAGGGGAUGGAAGCCUAGGAUGCUUUUCCAUGCCCCUGCUGCUGCAAUCUGCUGGUCUACAUAUGAAUCAUCAAAAUCUUUCUUCCAAAAACUAAAAGACAGCGGCAGACAAGUCACCUGAAAAUAGUGAAGAGAACAAAAAAAAAAUUGUGUUGUAUUUUUAC